AUGGAUUCUAGAUCUCAUUCAGAGUCACACGAAAUUUUUUUCCAAGAUAUUUUUAUAAAAAUAAUUUUCUUAUUGUCGAGAUUUGUCGGUAUUUUCCCAUGUAGAUAUAGAAAUGGCCAAUUUUUCGCUUCUAUACCAUUAUGCAUAUGGUCCUUCCUGAUGGCAUGUUUGAUGACCUUUUGCACGGUAUUUUUCCACAUAAAUCUGUUCAUACCAGAGUCGAGGGUAAAACUUCUACUUGCUGAUACUCUUACGCAGUUAAUAGUCGCCUUAUGGUUUUGUUUUUGUUUGUGGGUCUUGUAUAUGGUUGCCGUUACGAAUUCCGUUCUGAGGAUGCGACAUAUUAAUAGAAUCUUAUUGGGUCUGAACGAAGUCGACCGCCAACUGGCCAUCUUGGAAAUCAGAAGGGACUGGCGUCAAAAAGCUAAAUAUUUUGCCAAAACUUACUUUGUGGGCUUAAUGGUCGCAAUACUGUACCCCGUGAACUCGCCCUUAAUCAGCCUCUGUAGAUUCAUGAAAGUGCCUUUGUUUCUACCCGCCGUUAGUAUUUGGUUGUGUUCAGCACAGUUCACUUCCUUGGCAGAUCAGAUAACGCUUAGGUUGGACGAGAUCUGUCUAGCGCUCAAUGACAUUGUCUUGACGAGACAUUUCUCCAUUUCCGAUAAGAAGUUGGUCACACUAUCGCAUGCUCAAGACAAACUAUGCGAUAUCUGCAUCAUUUUAGACGGUUCCUAUGCUUGGAUUAUAACUUGUAUAAUUUCUGCCUGUUUCAAUGGCGUUUUUAUCCCGCUUUAUUUAGUACUGACCGCAGUUUGUCAAAAAGGGCUUAACGCAAAUCUGAUAGGAUCGACUAUUUGUUGGAGUACUAUUUCUUUGCACACUGUUUGGCAUAUCGUAUCAACUACCUCUGGAAUUUCUAUGAAGUUGAGAGGAUUCAACCUUACACUAUAUAAACUUAUGAUGAGUGAUAAAAGAAAUGAAGUUUUACAAAAUAGCAAGUUACGCCUGCACAUUUCAAUGCAAAGGGAGGUCGUUUUUACUGCCAAAGGAUUCUUUAAACUGGACUACACUCUUAUACAAUGGAUGCUUGCUUCAGCUGCAACGUACUUGGUUAUUCUAAUACAGUUCACUUCCCCAGAUGAAGAAUCAGCUAUAGACAUACUAAAAUUAGACGUUAACACCACAAUUCCAUUCGAUUAUGAGUAA